AUGAGGAGGCUGCUGCCUCUCUGCUGCUGGCAUUCCUGGCUGCUGCUGUUUUAUUGCGACGUUCAGGUGCACGGAGCCCACUCCGGGUCCCAAGCCCACCCAGGGUUUGAGGUCUUGGCUUCUGCUUCGCAUUACUGGCCAUUGGAAAACGUGGACGGGAUCCACGAACUUCAGGAUACAACUGGAGAUAUUGUAGAAGGAAAGGUCAACAAAGGCAUUUACCUCAAAGAGGAAAAAGGAGUCACGCUUCUCUAUUACGGACGGUACAAAACCUCGUGCAUCAGUAACCCAGCCCAGUGUGGCCCUGAGGGGGUCACGUUUUCUUUCUUCUGGAAGACACAAGGAGAGCAGUCCAGACCGAUCCCUUCUGCUUACGGCGGACAGGUCAUCUCCGACGGGUUCAAAGUCUGCUCCAGCGGCGGCAGGGGCUCGGUGGAGCUGUACACGCGGGACAAUUCCAUGACGUGGGAGGCCUCCUUCAGCCCUCCAGGCCCCUACUGGACUCAUGUCCUGUUUACGUGGAAAUCCAAGGAGGGUCUGAAAGUCUACGUCAAUGGGACUCUGAGCACCUCCGACCCAAGUGGAAAAGUGUCUCAUGCCUACGGGGAGCCCAACGUCAACCUUGUGAUAGGGUCCGAGCAGGACCCGACCAAGCGCUAUGAGAAUGGAGCUUUUGACGAGUUCAUCAUCUGGGAGCGGGCCCUGACUCCAGAGGAGAUUACGAUGUACUUCACAGCGGCCGUCGGAAAGCAUGUUUUGUUGUCUUCAACCCCAGCAGGCUUCCUCACGACAGCCACGGCAGACCCCAUGGUGCCCACCGACGCCUACCAUCCCAUCAUAACCAACUUGACAGAGGAGAGGAAAAACUUCCAGAGUGCUGGAAUUGUACUGACUUACCUUCAGAACGUGUCCCUCAGCUUACCCAAUAAAUCCCUCUCGGGGGAGACGGCGCUGAACCUCACCGAGACCUUCUUAAAAUCCGUGGGAGAGGUUCUUCAACUGCCCAGUUGGACUAGUGUGUCAGAGGACAGCGCUGUGGUGCUGGGCUUGAUUGGAACUGUCGACACCGUCAUGGGCCACAUAUCUUCCAACCUGCAUGCCAGCGAGCCCCAGGUCACCAUCAUAGGCUCUUCCUCCACGGCAGAGUUCUCGGUGGCCAAACUCCUGCCCAAGACCAUGAAUUCCUCCCACUACCGCUUCCCGGCCCAGGGGCAGAGCUACAUUGAGAUUCCGCAUGAGGCUUUCCGCAGCCCAGGCUGGACCAUCAUCGUGGGCCUUCUCUACCACAGAAUGCACUAUUACUUGAACAACAUCCCACCAGCCAAUACCAAGAUUGCUGAGGCGGCGAAUUACCAAGACUGCCUGCUGUCGGCCACCAGCUUCCUCAUCUCCCUGGAGGUGUCCCCGCCGCCCGCGCUCUCCCGGAACCUGUCGGGCUCCCCGCUGGUCACCGUCCGUCUCAGGCACAAGCUGUCUGGAAGGCCUUACCCCCACGUCUCUGGGGCCCAGCCCACCACCUCUGCCGAGCCCUCGCUGGUCUUCCCAGACAAGAGCGCCCCUUCCUCCCCGCCGUCCUUGCACUCUACUGGUACCACGUCCGAGGACUACCCCAGUGCUCGUUAUGGUUCCAUGUGGGCCUGCGGGCGGGACCGGGUCAGACAGAUGGUGACGGCCAGCGUGGCGGGGCUCCUGCUCUCUAAGCGUCUUGUUCAGAACCUCCUGGCACUGAGCCCUCACAUCAGAGCCCGGUAUUCAGACGCCAUCGCAUGGUGCCGAUUGGAGGCGUUGGCCUCUGCCGACCGGCUCCUGGUGCUCCUCCCAGCGUCCUGUCCGGCUCCGGCGAGCCUGUCGAGCUGCGACCUUUCCCAGCUCAGACCACGCACUGGGCAGUGCGGUGGCUGGUUAGAUGCUGUUUCGAUCGACUGUCCAGUUGAGGGGGAUGGAAACGGAGAGCAGACCACACCGCCCCUGAGACGUUACCAAGGGCCCCGGCCCGAGUCUAUAGGCAGAUCCCCGCCGUGCUUGCUCUCCCGGUAG